AUGACGUCCGAAGAAGUUAAGGCGAGCGAGGGUGAAGCUGCUGACGCCGUCGUAGAAUCUUCGCCUCCUGCUGCUGCUCCUUCAAGCGACGACGCCGCUGCGGCUGCUACUGACGAUGCAGCGACGAAUCCUGACGCUGAACCGGCGAGCACGAACGGGGAGCCGGCAAGCGGCGAACCCGCCGAAGCAAACGGCGAACCCGCUAAAGCAGACGGCGAGGAGUCGAAGGCUGAAGCCGAGGCUGCGACGACGCCUGCGAAAGAUGAGACUCCUGCGAAAGACGCGACGGAGCCUGCGAAGGAAGAUGCGAAGACGGAGGAGAAGCCGGCAGGCGAGGAAGGCACUGGUCAGCGGCGACGGAAGCGCAAGAGCCUUUGGGACACGGAGGGCCCUGACGGCAAGAAACUCGAGUCUCCUGCUGUCCUUGCGUCACCAGCCAGCGCAGCCGGGAUUCUGCCCGGAGCCCCCGCGAUUCCCGGUAUUCCCGGCCUGCCAUUGGGCGCGGGCAUUCUCCCCGGCGCCGCAGCGGCGAUGAUGAUGCCCGGAGCGGCCAUGGCGCAGCAGGCGCAGCUGCUGCAGCAACAGCAGCUCCUGCAGAUGCGAGCGCUGGCUCAGGCGAAGAUGGCGGAGGCAGCAGCGGUGCAGCAGCAGCAGUCCACCGUGACCCAGUCGAAUGCCCAGUGCCGCGUGUACGUGGGGAGCAUCUUCUACGACCUCACCGAGUCCGACAUUCUCCUCGCCUUCUCUCCCUUUGGCCCAAUCACCAAGAUCGACAUGCCCAAGGACGCGAGCACGGGCAAGCACAAGGGGUUUUGCUUCAUCGAGUUCACCAACCCUGAGACCGCCUCCACUGCCAUCGCUGCCAUGAACGACUUUACCCUCGCCGGCCGGCGCAUCAAGGUCGGUCGCCCCAACAACAUCGCCUCCCCUUCGCCUGCUGCGCAGACCAUUGCCAACCCACUCGCAUUCAACCAAGCUGCAUUGGCCGCGCCCAACCCCAACCUUCUCGCCACUGCCAAGCUCCAGGCUCAGGUGAUCGCGAGCAGCAUCAAUCAGAAGGUUCCCGGGGUGGCGGAGAUACCACAGAAGCCGGCAGUGAACACGCGCGUGUAUGUGGGGUCGAUCGUGUAUGACCUUGCAGAGCCAGACAUCAUGGCCAUCUUCCAGGCCUUUGGACCCAUCAAGUCGUGCCAGCUCAUCCCCAACCCUGACACCGGCAAGCACAAGGGCUACGGUUUCGUUGAGUUUGAGACGGAGGAAGCAGCCAAGGGCGCAAUCCAGUGCAUGAACGGGUUCCAGCUGGGCGGCAGACAGCUCAAGGUUGGAUGGGCCUCAGCAUCCCACGCCCCCACUUCUGCCUCACCGGCAGCACCUGCCUUCCCAAGCGGCAUUCCAGGCAUGCCUUCCAUCCCGGGGUUCCCCGGUGCUGCCCUCCCAGCAGCAGCAGGAGGGGCCGGGCUGAUGGGCUCAGUGCCUGGCGCUGUUGCUGCUGCCUCCCCAGCAGAGGCAGCAGCGUCUCUUCCUGCUUCCCCCUGUCGGUGCAUUGUGAUGCGAAACAUGGUCACACCGGAGGAGGUUGAUGAUGAUCUGCAGAGCGAGGUCACGGAUGAAUGUGGCAAGUUUGGCAAGGUGGAGCGGGUUGUCAUCUACCAGGAGCAACAAUCGGAGAAACCAGGCGAUGCGAUUGUGAAGAUCUUUGUUCUCUUCUCCAGCACUCCAGAGGCACAGGCAGCACGGCAGUCACUGCACAACAGGUGGUUCGGAGGCCGGCAGGUCAUUGCAAGCUUUUAUCCGGAAGUGCUCGGCGGUGGCGUGGGCGCCGAACAAGCCGCUGGUGAUAGAGGAGGUGGAGGUGGCGCCUUUUCACGUCUGGUUCUUUUUAUCUUACUGCAACUCCUUGUGUGUGCAGCGGCGGUGGCGUGGGCGCCGAACAAGCCGUUGGUGAUAGAGGAGGUGGAGGUGGCACCGCCACAGGCGGGGGAGGUGCGAAUCCGCAUCACACACACCGCGCUCUGCCACACGGACGCGUAUACUCUGGACGGCCAUGACCCCGAGGGGCUCUUUCCCUGCAUCCUCGGCCACGAGGCUGCUGGCAUAGUGGAGAGUGUGGGUGAGGGCGUGACGAGUGUGCAGGCGGGCGACCAUGUGAUUCCAUGCUACCAGGCGGAGUGCCGCGAGUGCAAGUUCUGCAAGUCCGGGAAGACCAACCUGUGCGGCAAGGUCCGCCCCGCCACUGGCCGGGGGGUGAUGCUGUCAGACGACAAGCCGCGCUUCACAGUGCGAGGGGAGCCAGUCUUCCAUUUCAUGGGCACGAGCACGUUCAGCGAGUACACGGUGGUGCACGAUGUGUCCGUUGCCAAGAUCAACCCAGAGGCGCCACUGGACAAAGUGUGCCUGCUGGGCUGUGGCAUUCCCACGGGGCUGGGAGCUGUGUGGAAUGCAGCCAAGGUGGAACCCGGAUCCACUGUUGCCAUUUUCGGCCUGGGCACUGUUGGGCUCGCGGUGGCGGAGGGGGCCAAGGCAGCCAAGGCAUCGCGCAUCAUAGGCGUGGAUAUCGACCCUGCCAAGUUCGACACAGCCAAGGAGUUUGGAGUGACUGAGUUCGUGAAUCCCAAGGACCACAGCCGCCCCAUCCAGGAGGUUCUGGUAGAAAUGACGGACGGGGGAGUGGACUACAGCUUUGAGUGCAUCGGCAACACAGCUGUCAUGCGCGCAGCGCUGGAGUGCUGCCACAAGGGGUGGGGCGAGUCGGUUAUCAUCGGGGUGGCAGCAGCCGGGCAGGAGAUUUCCACGCGGCCGUUCCAGCUGGUGACGGGGCGUGUGUGGCGCGGCACAGCGUUUGGGGGGUUCAAGAGCCGCACUCAUGUGCCUGAGCUGGUGGACAAGUAUCUCAAUAAGAGUAGCUCUGAUGCUACUCUCAUGAUUGCCAGCAGCGGGGCAGCAGCGGGGCAGCAGCGGGGCAGCAGCGGGGCAGCAGCGGGGCAGCAGCGGGGCAGCAGCGGGGCAGCAGCGGGGCAGCAGCGGGGCAGCAGCGGGGCAGCAGCGGGGCAGCAGCGGGGCAGCAGCGGGGCAGCAGCGGGGCAGCAGCGGGGCAGCAGCGGGGCAGCAGCGGGGCAGCAGCGGGGCAGCAGCGGGGCAGCAGCGGGGCAGCAGCGGGGCAGCAGCGGGGCAGCAGCGGGGCAGCAGCGGGGCAGCAGCGGGGCAGCAGCGGGGCAGCAGCGGGGCAGCAGCGGGGCAGCAGCGGGGCAGCAGCGGGGCAGCAGCGGGGCAGCAGCGGGGCAGCAGCGGGGCAGCAGCGGGGCAGCAGCGGGGCAGCAGCGGGGCAGCAGCGGGGCAGCAGCGGGGCAGCAGCGGGGCAGCAGCGGGGCAGCAGCGGGGCAGCAGCGGGGCAGCAGCGGGGCAGCAGCGGGGCAGCAGCGGGGCAGCAGCGGGGCAGCAGCGGGGCAGCAGCGGGGCAGCAGCGGGGCAGCAGCGGGGCAGCAGCGGGGCAGCAGCGGGGCAGCAGCGGGGCAGCAGCGGGGCAGCAGCGGGGCAGCAGCGGGGCAGCAGCGGGGCAGCAGCGGGGCAGCAGCGGGGCAGCAGCGGGCAGCAGCGGGGCAGCAGCGGGGGCAGCAGCGGGGCAGCAGCGGGGGCAGCAGCGGGGCAGCAGCGGGGCAGCAGCGGGGCAGCAGCGGGGCAGCAGCGGGGCAAGCAGCGGGGCAGCAGCGGGGCAGCAGCGGGGCAGCAGCGGGGCAGCAGCGGGGCAGCAGCGGGGCAGCAGCGGGGCAGCAGCGGGGCAGCAGCGGGGCAGCAGCGGGGCAGCAGCGGGGCAGCAGCGGGGCAGCAGCGGGGCAGCAGCGGGGCAGCAGCGGGGCAGCAGCGGGGCAGCAGCGGGGCAGCAGCGGGGCAGCAGCGGGGCAGCAGCGGGGCAGCAGCGGGGCAGCAGCGGGGCAGCAGCGGGGCAGCAGCGGGGCAGCAGAGCGGGGCAGCAGCGGGGCAGCAGCGGGGCAGCAGCGGGGCAGCAGCGGGGCAGCAGCGGGGGCAGCAGCGGGGCAGCAGCGGUGGCAGCAGCGGGGGCAGCAGCGGGGGCAGCAGCGGGGGCAGCAGCGGGGGCAGCAGCGGGGCAGCAGCGGGGCAGCAGCGGGGCAGCAGCGGGGCAGCAGCGGGGCAGCAGCGGGGCAGCAGCGGGGCAGCAGCGGGGCAGCAGCGGGGCAGCAGCGGGGCAGCAGCGGGGCAGCAGCGGGCAGCAGCGGGGCAGCAGCGGGGCAGCAGCGGGGCAGCAGGCGGGGCAGCAGCGGGGCAGCAGCGGGCAGCAGCGGGGCAGCAGCGGGGCAGCAGCGGGGGCAGCAGCGGGGGCCAGCAGCGGGGCAGCAGCGGGGCAGCAGCGGGGCCAGCAGCGGGGCAGCAGCGGGGCAGCAGCGGGGCAGCAGCGGGGCAGCAGCGGGGCAGGCAAGCGGGGCAGCAGCGGGGCAGCAGCGGGGCAGCAGCGGGGCAGCAGCGGGGCAGCAGCGGGGCAGCAGGGGCAGCAGCGGGGCAGCAGCGGGGCAGCAGCGGCGCGGGCAGCAGCGGGGCAGCAGCGGGGCAGCAGCGGGGCAGCAGCGGGGCAGCAGCGGGCAGCAGCGGGGCAGCAGCGGGCAGCAGCGGGGCAGCAGCGGGGCAGCAGCGGGGCAGCAGCGGGGCAGCAGCGGGGCAGCAGCGGGGCAGCUGGGCAGCAGCGGGCAGCAGCGGGCAGCAGCGGUAGCCGGGGCAGCAGCGGGGCAGCAGCGGGGCAGCAGCGGGGCAGCAGCGGGGCAGCAGCGGGGCAGCAGCGGGGCAGCAGCGGGGCAGCAGCGGGGCAGCAGCGGGGCAGCAGCGGGGCAGCAGCGGGGCAGCAGCGGGGCAGCAGCGGGGCAGCAGCGGGGCAGCAGCGGCGCAGCAGCGGGCAGCAGCGGGGCAGCAGCGGGGCAGCAGCGGGCUAGCGCGGGGCAGCAGCGGGCAGCAGCGGUGGCAGCAGCGGGGCAGCAGCGGGGCAGCAGCGGUGGCAGCAGCGGGGCAGCAGCGGGGCAGCAGCGGGGCAGCAGGGGGGGCCGGCAGCAGCGGGGGCAGCAGCGGGGCAGCGGGGGCAGCAGCGGGGCAGCAGCGGGGCAGCAGCGGGGCAGCAGCGGGGCAGCAGCGGGGCAGCAGCGGGGCAGCAGCGGGGCAGCAGCGGGGCAGCAGCGGGGCAGCAGCGGGGCAGCAGCGGGGCAGCAGCGGGGCAGCAGCGGGGCAGCAGCGGGGCAGCAGCGGGGCAGCAGCGGGGCAGCAGCGGGGCAGCAGCGGGGCAGCAGCGGGGCAGCAGCGGGGCAGCAGCGGGGCAGCAGCGGGGCAGGCAGCGGGGCAGCAGCGGGGCAGCAGCGGGGCAGCAGCGGGGCAGCAGCGGGGCAGCAGCGGGGCAGCAGCGGGGCAGCAGCGGGGCAGCAGCGGGGCAGCAGCGGGGCAGCAGCGGGGCAGCAGCGGGGCAGCAGCGGGGCAGCAGCGGGGCAGCAGCGGGCCGGGCAGCAGCGGGGCAGCAGCGGGGCAGCAGCGGGGCAGCAGCGGGCGGGGCAGCAGCGGGGCAGCAGCGGGGCAGCAGCGGGGCAGCAGCGGGGCAGCAGCGGGGCAGCAGCGGGGCAGGCAGCGGGGCAGCAGCGGGGCAGCAGCGGGGCAGCAGCGGGGCAGCAGCGGUGGCAGCAGCGGGGCAGCAGCGGGGCAGCAGCGGGGCAGCAGCGGGGCAGCCAGCGGGGCAGCAGCGGGGCAGCAGCGGGGCAGCAGCGGGGCAGCAGCGGGGCAGCAGCGGGGCAGCAGCGGGGCAGCAGCGGGGCAGCAGCGGGGCAGCAGCGGGGCAGCAGCGGGGGCAGCAGCGGGGCAGCAGCGGGCAGCAGCGGGGCAGCAGCGGGGCAGCAGCGGGGCAGCAGCGGGGCAGCAGCGGGGCAGCAGCGGGGCAGCAGCGGGGCAGCAGCGGGGCAGCAGCGGGGCAGCAGCGGGGCAGCAGCGGGGCAGCAGCGGGGCAGCAGCGGGGCAGCAGCGGGGCAGCAGCGGGGCAGCAGCGGGGCAGCAGCGGGGCAGCAGCGGGGCAGCAGCGGGGCAGCAGCGGGGCAGCAGCGGGGCAGCAGCGGGGCAGCAGCGGGGCAGCAGCGGGGCAGCAGCGGGGCAGCAGCGGGGCAGCAGCGGGGCAGCAGCGGGGCAGCAGCGGGGCAGCAGCGGGGCAGCAGCGGGGCAGCAGCGGGGCAGCAGCGGGGCAGCAGCGGGGCAGCAGCGGGGCAGCAGCGGGGCAGCAGCGGGGCAGCAGCGGGGCAGCAGCGGGGCAGCAGCGGGGCAGCAGCGGGGCAGCAGCGGGGCAGCAGCGGGGCAGCAGCGGGGCAGCAGCGGGGCAGCAGCGGGGCAGCAGCGGGGCAGCAGCGGGGCAGCAGCGGGGCAGCAGCGGGGCAGCAGCGGGGCAGCAGCGGGGCAGCAGCGGGGCAGCAGCGGGGCAGCAGCGGGGCAGCAGCGGGGCAGCAGCGGGGCAGCAGCGGGGCAGCAGCGGGGCAGCAGCGGGGCAGCAGCGGGGCAGCAGCGGGGCAGCAGCGGGGCAGCAGCGGGGCAGCAGCGGGGCAGCAGCGGGGCAGCAGCGGGGCAGCAGCGGGGCAGCAGCGGGGCAGCAGCGGGGCAGCAGCGGGGCAGCAGCGGGGCAGCAGCGGGGCAGCAGCGGGGCAGCAGCGGGGCAGCAGCGGGGCAGCAGCGGGGCAGCAGCGGGGCAGCAGCGGGGCAGCAGCGGGGCAGCAGCGGGGCAGCAGCGGGGCAGCAGCGGGGCAGCAGCGGGGCAGCAGCGGGGCAGCAGCGGGGCAGCAGCGGGGCAGGCAGCGGGGGCAGCAGCGGGGGCAGCAGCGGGGCAGCAGCGGGGGGCCGGCAGCAGCGGGGCAGCAGCGGGGCAGCAGCGGGGCAGCAGCGGGGCAGCAGCGCGGGCAGCAGCGGGGCAGCAGCGGGGCAGCAGCGGGGCAGCAGCGGGCAGCAGCGGGGCAGCAGCGGGGCAGCAGCGGGGCAGCAGCGGGGCAGCAGCGGGGCAGCAGCGGGGCAGCAGCGGGGGCAGCAGCGGUGCAGCAGCGGGGCCAGCAGCGGGGCAGCAGCGGGGCAGCAGCGGGGGCAGCAGCGGGGCAGCAGCGGGGCAGCAGCGGGGCAGCAGCGGGGCAGCAGCGGGGCAGCAGCGGGGCAGCAGCGGGGCAGCAGCGGGCAGCAGCGGGGCAGCAGCGGGGCAGCAGCGGGGCAGCAGCGGGGCAGCAGCGGGGCAGCAGCGGGGCAGCAGCGGGGCAGCAGCGGGGCAGCAGCGGGGCAGCAGCGGGGCAGCAGCGGGGCAGCAGCGGGGCAGCAGCGGGGCAGCAGCGGGGCAGCAGCGGGGCAGCAGCGGGGCCAUGCGCCCGUUCCAGCUGGUCAUGGGGCGUGUGUGGCGCGGCACGGCGUUUGGAGGGUUCAAGUGCAGGACUCAUGUCCCUGAGCUGGUGGAGAAAUAUUCGAAUAAGGUGA